CCUGGCCCUGGCCCUGGCCCUGGCCCUGGACUGCGGGGAAUGGGAGUCCUAGGUCUCUGAGCGCCGCCCCCGCCUCCCUGCCCCCGACAUGGCUCAGGAGAAGAUGGAGCUAGACCUGGAGCUGCCUCCGGGUACUGGCGGGAGCCCGGCGGAGGGCGGCGGCACUAGCGCCGGCGGGGGCCUCAGGAGGUCUAACAGCGCCCCCCUGAUCCACGGCCUCAGUGACACUUCGCCGGUGUUCCAGGCCGAGGCGCCGAGCGCCAGGCGGAACAGCACAACGUUCCCGAACCGCCACGGCCUGCUGCUGCCGGCCUCCCCCGUCCGCAUGCACAGCAGCCGCUUGCACCAGAUCAAACAGGAGGAAGGCAUGGACUUGAUCAACCGAGAGACGGUCCACGAGCGCGAGGUGCAGAACGCAAUGCAGAUAAGCCACUCCUGGGAGGAAAGUUUCAGCCUGAGUGACAACGAUGUGGAGAAGUCCGCCUCCCCGAAGCGCAUCGAUUUCAUUCCGGUGUCACCAGCACCCUCACCCACCCGGGGGAUUGGGAAGCAGUGUUUCUCACCAUCCUUGCAAAGUUUUGUGAGUAGCAAUGGAUUGCCUCCAAGUCCUAUUCCCAGCCCAACGACUCGAUUUACCACCCGGAGAAGCCAGAGUCCCAUCAACUGCAUUAGACCAAGCGUUCUUGGACCAUUGAAAAGAAAAUGUGAAAUGGAAACUGAGUAUCAGCCAAAGAGAUUUUUCCAGGGCAUCACCAACAUGCUUUCUUCUGACGUUGCACAGCUGUCAGAUCCCGGUGUGUGUGUACCUUCUGAUACCCUUGAUGGAAACAGUAGCAGUGCCGGAUCUUCUUGUAACUCACCAGCGAAAGUCAGCACUACCACCGACUCUCCUGUGUCGCCUGCCCAAGCGGCCUCUCCAUUUAUUCCAGUAGAUGAACUUUCAUCUAAGUGAUUCACCCACCCAUCUGAGACUCGGGGUGUUUUUUUUUGCAAUGGAGAGAAAAAUCAAGUUGGAGCAAGCACUGAACUUUGUCAAUUAAUUUGAGGCUCUUUCCUAUCUGACCCUUUUCCUUUUUUUGGAAUUUCCUGAAAUGUUGUUAUUCUAGAGAACUUUUAUGUCAGGUUCCUGCGGGAUGCCCUUGAAUUCAGUGUAGUAAUAUUUUCAGACGUUUUCCCAAUAAGUGUGUUGAAGCAUACGUCUUUAUGCUGCUAAUAUGUUUAAAUACAUAUGUUAUCCCUUGAUUUUUUAAAAUAAUUGAGAGCUCUAUUUAUUUAUGGGAUUAAGUUCUGAUGCAAAUAUAAAUGUUGAAUUAAUCAGCAUAGUAAACUGAUGUUUUAGAAUUCCAUAUUUCAUGCCCACACUAAUUUUUAAUAUUACUUUUCAGUGAUUGCUGAUUUCUAUUUGAAGAAUAACUUACGUAUUUACAGCAGUUUUUUAAAAAGAAUGUUAGUUAUAACACAUCAACCCAGUGGUGUCUCUUUUACCCAGGAGUCCUUGGAUAUUUAAUUUUCUGGGUACAUAAGUGGCUGGGAGGGGGAAUGAUGAGCAAAAUAUAAAAGCUUGCAACAAGUCUUUUAAAAUUAUAUAAUAGUAAACAUUUAAGAAAAGCAUUUUCUAAUGAAAUUUUAAUGGAAAUUCUAAUUAGUCAUGCAAAUAUCGCUACAGAAAGGUUAAAAAAAAAUUUUUUUUUUUUUUUUUUUAGACCAGAAAGUGCAUUCUCUCGGGUAUAAUCCUGAAGUGACACGGGCCAGUGCCUUGCAGUCUCAGCCCACUGUACAUAGGCUGAGACCAGGUUCUUUUACCACUGCAAACUUAAAAGUUUUUCAAACAUAGACAAUGUGGGAAGCUCUGUUGGACUUCACCAGGGUCCCCAGGCAGAUAAAAGUCUCUCGUUGAUUGACACGCUUUAAAAUAUCCAGUUGUGCCUCAGUGAAAAUCCUUGCCACCAAGGAGCCAGAGCAACUUUUGGCCACCUUUCUGUCCUGCCCAUCUGUCACCUUCCGGGUUUUCCCUGGCUCAGGAGGGAAGCAGCUGUUUCCUUGCCAACAGGUCCUUCCCCCCCCCCCCCCCCACCUCCCAACGAACUAGGGCAUCAUCGGUUAGACAGAGGUACAGUGUAACUUGGAUUUCUGACAGUGAGCAACCACAGAAGUGUGGAGUCAUGUCAGGAACCUCUAGUUAAAGCUGUAGCUGGAGUCGACUGCCUUGGGAUUGCCGAUUGAUUCAGGGUCAGUGACGUGCAAGAGAAAAAUCAGUGGAGGGUCACGUAGGUAAAUCAUUGCUUAACUUAGGUUUCGUUUAGGUAGAGUUCUGAAAUGUUCUUUUCCUUGCCUUGUUACAACUAAGACAAAAUACGGAAAUAUUUAAUAACAAACGUUUCUAUAUUCUACUUCCUAUAUCUUCCUUUACUGGAUAGAUAGAAAGAAUGGCAGCAAAAGGAGAAGGGGAAAAAAUAAAAGAGAGGCCAAUACAAAAAGCUCCGACUUUCUUUAAGUUAACUGCUUACAGAGACUUAACGAUUGUGUGGAAUUUUUACAGCUAUGAGAAUAAAUGGAACUGGUCAACUUUUGAAA